GUCUGAAAAGACAUUGCUAGCUGUGUAGCUAAUAUUAUAAACAGAAACAUAAACAACAGUGUGUCUCUAUUUAAGAAAACAACGCGCAUAAGAGAAGGCUUAUAGAAGCCUUUCGCCUCUGCGUAAAGUCUGAUAUAGUAGCUGGGAUGCCUAAUUUUCUUCGCAGUUUUACUUUUAAUUGGAGGUACUGGAAAUUUCACAGUAAGAAGGAAGAUAUAACGUUAUUUAUUAGACAUCGAGCUGCAGGAAGCACACGAACAAUACCGCUAGCCGUGUGUGCAGACGACACUCAUUAAUAGACUGCGCUACUCUUCUUUUUUUCUUUUUUUUCUCUUGUCGCACAUGAUUUGCAAAAUACUGUUCCUAUGGAAAUUAUCUAGUUAACGAGUCAACGCUGUUAGUCUGUGCGUUUAGGUAUAAUGUUGUAAUAAAGUGUGGCUCCCCGAGCUGUUUGUGUGAGAUUGUUGGAACAAACAAACAAACAAACAAUGAAGCUUUUGGAAAAUUCGAGUUUUGAGGCCAUUAAUACUCAGCUCACCAUAGAGACUGGAAACUGUAAGAUAAUUGGAAGGAUUGAAAGUUACUCCUGCAAAAUGGCAGGUGAAGACAAGCAGAUGUUUAAGCAAUUCUGUCAGGAAGGACUGCCUCAUGUGCUGGAAGCUCUGUCCCCUCCUCAAUCAUCUGGAAUCAGUCCUAACAAGCUUAGUCACAGUCAAAGUGGUGAUGAAGCAGAGGGUCCACUUUCUGAUAAGUGCAGCAGGAAGACUCUGUUCUACUUGAUUGCCACUCUCAACGAGUCUUUCAGACCAGACUAUGACUUCAGCCGCACCAGAGGACAUGACUUCAGUAGAGAGCCCAGUGUCAAUUGGGUGUUUAAUGCUGUGAAUAGUAGCUUGUCUGCUGCUGCAGGGGAGGCAUACAGUCGUUUGCAGCCCCAGCUUUGGGAGGCCAUUGACAGUGAGAUUAGUCUGACAGAGUGUGACAUUUACAGUUAUAAUCCAGACCUUGAUUCUGACCCGUAUGGAGAAGAAGGCAACCUGUGGUCUUUCAACUAUUUCUUCCACAAUAAAAGGCUGAAAAGGAUUGUGUUCUUCACCUGCCGCUCUGUGAGCCUUUUUAUGACUUCACGAGACCCAAGCAUUGGAACGGAGCUGGACCUGGACCUGGGUGAAGGCAGCUUUGCGGAGGAUGAGAACAUUGAUGAGGAGAGGUAUCGACCCUUGUGUGCCCAGUGAAGAUUUCAUAACUCGGCUCCAUUGCUUCCAAAUACCUCUGAAAUACCUUUAUAUGUCUCUUACAGUCUUAUGGCUUUUUAUUUCAAGUGGUUGUUCUUUCUAUUUUAGUGCUGGGAUAAAUGCUUUUAUUAAAAGAAAUUCAAUUAGAUCCACACUUGGUUUUCAUUGUAGUAGAUGGAUAUUUUGUGCACUGCUAUGGCAUACCUUGGUUUUUCUGCAGUGUCAAAAUUCUUUUUUACUGCUUCUUUUAAUUAAAAUAUUGGCUUUUUUUACUUUACAUAAAGUUAAUAGUUGUAUUUUAUACAUCAGUGUGUUGGAUGAAGCACUUUAUUCUUUACUCUUCAUACCUUAGAUAUGCCAUUAUUUAUUUAAUUUCAAAUGCUUAUUAGAAGAUGCUAAUGCAUGCAUGUAUUGGAAAGUAAAUUAGCUGUCUUUGUAUAAUUUUGAUAACACAAUUCAAAUUUAAGGUCAGAGCAAAUAUUCAUAAUUGCAUUUUAUUGAACAAUACACAGUGAGUGCAAAAAAUUAAAAAUGCAAUUGAGAGGUCUAUUUGACUUUUCAGUUUAUAAACUGGUAUAAUUCAGCCAUGUUAAAAAAAAAACCCACAAAAUCCUUACAUUUGCAUUUUCUAUUCCUCAUACUCCAAUUUGGCCAAACAAAUAACUUUAGCUCUAUCCUGUUUGUAUUAGCAUUUUAAUUUUCAACAGCAUACAUCUGUCUCUGAUACUAUAGAUGGGACCUUUUGGUGUUUUGAUUUUUGAUUUAUCUAGUUAUUAACUCUUGGUUACGGUAAUGUUAAGGGACCAAACAUUUCUGGUGUUUCAUUUUGUUUGACAAAUUUGUAUGGUAUUUUCUUUGACUAUGUUGGGGUGCCCUCUGAGCUGUUAUGUAAUUAUAUUCACAAUAAUUAAUAUAAUCAUGUUGGAGUAGGUAGAUUUGGGAAAUGCUUCUAUUGUAAAAUGACAUUAAUGGAAGGGCACUUAGACCCACAUUAGGGUUGGCCAGAUUUAUGAUAACUUUACUGCAAUAGAUUAAAAACAAGGUACAUGUGUGUGUGGAUAAUGUAAAUUAAAUUGAAAUGUGUUUAGAAUUAUUUCUCAUUAGAGCUGAAUUUACUAGUUCCUACCAGUUUGUACACAUCGGGUAGGAACUAGAGAAUUUAGUUGUAAUUAGAAAUAAAUUAUGGUAAUAAUUUUCAGCCAAGGAAAUGUAUUAAACCAUACGACAUAAUAGUUUCUUUUAUUUAGAAUGAAAUGUGGAAAAACUCUUGCAUUAUCCUACAAAUGUCACAGUAGAACAAUAAUGCGCUAGCACAGUAGCAUAUUUAAUAGUUAUUCUACUUACAGUAAGCACAGCAAACAACCAGAGGCUAUAUUGUUUAAUGAAUUUUCUUGGCUGAAAAUUACCACCAACAUUCAAGUUGAGAAUCAGCUCAUAUUCAGUGUAUAACUUUUGUCAUAUUGUUUAAUGUGUAGAAUUCCCUUUUAACUUCAUAUAAAUAAGCAGUUCAGUAUUUUUGUAGGAUGGCAGCUACCCAAAAAGGGCCUAAGACAGACAACAAUCCCAUUAAAAAAAAGCUAUCAGAAGUGUAAAGAUAUAAUUGAAUUUGUAUUAAAUGUAUAUUACAGGAAUAUUUUUUUUGUCAUUAAACAAAUAAAAACAUAUUGUUUUUAAUGUGUAUGGCCCAAUUGAAAAAAUAAACAGCUUUGCUGGCUUUGUGUGCUUUCAGUGUGGAAAUGCCAUGUUAAAUAAAUCAUCAAAACUA